UGGUGUUGGGCCGCUUUUGGCCCGCGGGCCGUAUGUUUGCUACCCGCUAGCUCUUCGGAAGGACGUUAACGCGAGUUGUUUUUCCCACUUUUACCCAGCGCAGCGUAAAAGUGCUGCCGUGAACGUUAUGACUAAUUUAUAUUUAGGGUUCAGGUUGUAUUCGUAGCAUCAUCUGACGGGACAUGGAGACUCGGGGGGUUGAAGACAUGUUUGACUUUCGUCGGUUUCCCAAAGAUGCUGUUGUUCUCCUGCUGUUGCUGGUUUACUUUCCAGUCGGCAUCUGUUUGACGUUAAUACGGAUUUUUAUUGGCGUCCACGUGUUCCUGGUCAGCUGUGCACUUCCAGAAUGUUUUGUUAGAAGAUUUAUUGUGAGGAUUAUGUGCUCAGUCCUGGGGAUGCACGUGCGACAGAAAAAUCCUCGCUCCAGAGACAAGAAUACCAAGCUGUACAUAUGCAAUCAUGUGACGGAGUUCGACCAUAACAUUAUCAACCUCCUGACUCCCUGCAAUACGCCUCAGUUAGCGGGAUCCACAGGCUUUGUGUGUUGGGCCAGAGGCUUCAUGGAAAUCCAUUCGGCAUCUGGCCACGCCGCCGUGGGAGAGUCCCUUCAGAGGUACUGCUCCACUGAAGGCACCGCACCUUUGCUCCUGUUUCCCGAAGAGGACACCACAAACGGCCGCGCUGCUCUGCUCAAGUUCAGCUCCUGGCCUUUCUCUCUGACCGAAUCCAUUCAACCUGUGGCCUUACGGGUGACCAGACCAUUGCUCUCUCUGAGCACACCAGAGUCCAGCUGGCUGACGGAGCUCUUAUGGACAUUUUUCGUGCCAUGUACAGUGUACCAUGUAAGCUGGCUUCCACCAGUGUCCAGACAAGAUGGUGAGUCCACACAGGAGUUUGCCAACAAAGUCCAGGAGCUACUCGCUGUUGAACUUGGCUUGGUCUCCACCAAGAUCACCAAAGCUGACAAAGCAGAACACAUCAAGAGGAAAAGACAUUCUGUCCCACCAACAUCUACAAAUGUCACACCUGGCUCUAUUGGCCUUGGAUUCAUGGUCCAGAGUUUGGGCACAGACGAUCGUAGGAUUGCUAAGAUGGCCCAGCAGGUGAAGGACGUCCUGCCUCAUGUUCCACUGAAUGUCAUUGCUAAAGAUUUAGCAAAAACCAACUGUGUUGAUACCACCAUAACGAAUCUGCUGGAGAGCAAGGAGGAGGCUUCAGUGGAGGCAACCGGGAUGUCGACAUUUGGGGCGUCUAAGAUCAGCCACUAUUCCUCUGGUUCUGCUCCCACUAUAAAGCCUGCUGCCAAAUCUUUUGGGAAAUCACCAGCCGACAGACAUUUGUCUCUCCAGGAAAGAAAAGACGCGCUGUAUAACUUUGCACGAAGGCGUUACAUUGAGAAGCACGGAUUGGAUCAGGAAGAGAGUCACUGAACACACUUUAGGUCAAGCCAUUAUUGAAAACUCGUCAGAAAGAAGCAUAUUCAACUUGCAUAGCUGUCUAAUUUGAAUGGUGAUUUUAUAUUCAAACCUGUUCUGUCAACAAUUGUUAUUAGUAAUAAUGGCAACAAGUAUUCAGAACAUGUAUAAGUUCAUUGAAUGGUGAUUAUGCAUGUGUUUAAUUCUUCAUUCUGGCUGAUAAUUUUGAUAACAGUUUGUAUUACAAUCCACUGACUGUGAAUCAUCUAUUUAUUUUUAUAAUGUCCAGAGUCCUCGAUGAAAAUAAAAUUCAGCUUGACCUUG